CAGAAUCGCGGAAGUGCUGAGAGGGCGAGGAAGGGAGAGUCCGAGCUGGUGUGAAGCGGCAAGAUGUCGGAGAGAAAAGUGUUAAAUAAAUACUACCCUCCAGACUUCGAUCCAUCGAAGAUCCCCAAGCUUAAACUUCCAAAGGACCGGCAGUAUGUGGUGCGGCUUAUGGCUCCCUUUAACAUGAGGUGCAAGACGUGUGGCGAGUACAUCUACAAGGGCAAGAAGUUCAAUGCCCGGAAGGAGACGGUUCAGAGUGAAUCCUACCUGGGACUUCCCAUCUUCCGGUUUUACAUCAAAUGCACCCGCUGCCUUGCAGAAAUCACCUUCAAGACGGACCCCGAAAACACCGACUACGCCAUGGAGCAUGGGGCCACGCGGAACUUCCAAGCGGAAAAGCUUCUAGAGGAGGAGGAGAAGCGGGUGCAGAAGGAGAGAGAAGAUGAAGAGCUGAACAACCCAAUGAAGGUUCUGGAGAACAGAACCAAAGACUCCAAGCUGGAAAUGGAGGUUCUGGAGAACUUGCAGGAGCUGAAGGAGCUGAACCAGCGCCAGGCCCACGUGGACUUUGAAUCCAUGUUGCAGCAGUACAAGGAUUAUGAGGAGGAGCAGAAGCGGCGGGCAGUGGAAGAGGACGAGCAGGAGAUGAAAGCUAUGCUGGAGCAAGCCCAGGCAAGGCGGCUGUUGGAAGACUCUGAUUCUGACGAAGAAUCCGCUCGGCCCCCUGCAAAGUCGCUGCCUAAAGCCAAGCCUACAGACUUCCUGCAGGAGGACUCGGAGCCUCAGGCCAAGAAGCUGAAGGUGGAAUCCUGGGAGAGGAGCAUCGGCAAACUGUCCAGCAAGGCUGAGCUCUCGGGGCUGGUGGCGACAAAGAAGAAGCCAAAUCACAGUUCCCCGAACGGAGCUGGGGCUCAGAACGGGCCGAGGGGCUCAGGUGUUAGUCACGCCUCACAGCCUUCAGGGUCAAGACCACCGGGCACUUCUUCGCUUAGCCUCUUGGGCGCCUACUCAGACAGCGAGGACAGUAAGAGCGAUUGACUGCCCCCCACCUCGGAGGCGAAAAGGCUGAGCCCGUGGCCCCAACUUUGCCCCUUUGUGGUGAAUGGAUCCCUUUGUGUUACCGUCCCUUUGUGGUAAAUGGAUCUAGUCGUAGACGGCGAGGGGAGAAAUAGAGAAUAUCUGGCCAUCGGCACGGGGCACGUUGGGUUUUUGCCUUUCACAGGUGCUGCUGCUGCUGCAAAAAUGACCUCGCAAUCGUUUUCCGAACUGAUCACCUCCUAAGGCAACUUCGGUGCCAUUCACCAGUGGGUACCUUCUGUUCUUCCUCUCCCAUCAGUUGUGUUGAUGCUGGCAAACCGCAGAAGCAGAAAAUGCACCUUUAAUGGGAGGAUUACCCAACAUUCCUCAGGGGUGCCCGUGGGGAGUUUGGCCACGUUCCCGGCAUUUUCGAGAGAGGGCUGAGUGAUCUGCUCCCAAGCGACCUGUGCGGAACACCCUAAGCCCCGAGCAAGGUUGGAUGCUGUUGGCUGAUGGAGUGGGGAAAUGGACUCGUCACAGUUUGUAAAACCUUCCUAGCCAGUGGCUGAACCGAGAGCAGUCAAGCACAACUCCGCCAGCUCAUAAUUUUGAUUCAACAAAAAGGCACCAGAUGCUCCCAAAGUCACAUGUCAUUUGCAAGGAAUUCUGAAGGAAGCGGAAGAACUCGGCAUGUUCCCGUGAACGAACUGAUCGUUCAGUCCACCCAGAUCAGGAAGGGUGGGUUGGAGGGAGCUGGAAAGAGAGUAUGUUUCGGGACAGCUGUCAGUCUGCACAUGGGAGUUUGAUGUUUUCGCCACCCUAUCCUUCUCCCCUCUGUAUUGGAUGGGUGAAUGUUAACAUUCAAGUAAAUAAACCGAUAGACUCGUUUUCCAA